AUGUGCGCGUAACAUUGAAGUGCGUAGUAGGAGUACUCAAAGGAAGACGUGCUGAGACUGGGGUCUCUGUCCAUCCCUGUCCCAAUCGAUCUACUCGGAUCACUGAUCACGCAUAAAAAUAACGAGGUUGCCCGGCGAUUUGAUCGCAGCCGCCGCCGCCGCCGCCAUCGAAGCCCAAUCUCCUUCCGAAGCCACCGCGCUCAUCCUUCCGCAGUUACUGAAGAUACGAUAUGAGUUCUAUGGAGAGUGUAAGAGGAGAUCUUGCUCUGGUUAUUUUAUACCUAAACAAGGCUGAAGCAAGAGAUAAGAUUUGCAGAGCGAUACAGUAUGGAUCGAAGUUUCUGAGUAAUGGAGAACCAGGGCCUGCGCAAAAUGUUGACAAAUCAACUAGUCUAGCUCGGAAAGUUUUCCGACUGUUCAAGUUUGUCAAUGAUCUGCAUGCUUUAAUUAGUCCUCCUGCCAAAGGAACUCCGCUUCCACUGAUCUUACUUGGAAAGUCAAAGAAUGCAAUGCUAUCAACUUUCCUCUUUCUGGACCAAAUUGUGUGGGCUGGGAGGACAGGAAUAUACAAGAACAAGGAGCGAGCGGAGUUCCUGGGCCGGAUUGCAUUUUAUUGCUUUCUGGGCUCUAAUACCUGUACUACCAUUAUUGAGCUAGCUGAGCUUCAACGGUUAUCCAAAUCAAUGAAGAAGUUAGAGAAAGAACUUAAACACCAAGAGUUGUACAAGAACGAGCAAUAUCGGAUGAAGCUGCAGAAGUCCAAUGAGAGGCUUCUUGCUCUCAUCAAAUCGAGCCUCGACAUAGUUGUCGCUGUGGGGCUGCUGCAGCUGGCUCCGAAGAAGGUCACCCCUCGUGUCACUGGGGCGUUUGGUUUUGCUAGCUCGCUGAUUGCUUGCUAUCAGUUGCUUCCAAGCCCAGCCAAAAGCAAGUGAUCUACCAUAAGGCAGCUGGUGCACCCAGUUGGCGAGUCCUAUUGAUCGCAUCGUCGUCAACAGAAUAAAUCCGGAAUAUAACUUUCCGUGUAGCAUAUAGCUGGAUCGCCAGGCGUUACCUACGGUCAUGAUACUGCUCUGGUAGAUUUUUAUAUCGACUUGAUUAUAAUCCUUUGUGAUGGUUGUACGAUCGGGUUUGUAGCUUCUUCAGGUGCAGUGAUUUGUGUCACCAAAUAAGAAAUGAACGAAGAGAAUGAUGCAUUUGGGUGCCACUGGAUAAGAACCAAGUAGUUUACAUC